AAAUAAAACUCUUCAUAAAUUUAAAAUUAAUUUACACAAUGAAACAUAACAAUAUAUAUUGACAGGAUCAAAGUUUAAAGGGUAAGGUAGUUACGUAGCUUCCGAAAACAAUGUGCACCUUAGAAAAACGAGGCAACAUUUUCAUCCUAACACUCACCGGCGACGACCAGCACCGCCUCAACCCCACCCUCCUCUCCGCCAUCCAAUCCGCCCUCAGCCGAAUCCGCCAAGAGGUCACCACUUCAGCCGGCUCCGCCACCUCCUCCGCCCUGAUCACCACCGCCCACGGCAAAUUCUUUUCCAAUGGCUACGAUCUAGAUUGGGCUCGUAUCCCGGCCCAAGCCCAGGCCCAAAGAGACCGAAUGAUACUCGUUGACACCAUGCUCCGAUCCGUUGUAAAAGACCUUCUCACACUCCCGAUGCCGACGAUCGCCGCUGUCACCGGCCACGCCUCCGCCGCGGGAUUUACCUUAGCGCUCAGCCACGAUUACGUUCUUAUGCGAAGCGACAGAGGAUUUCUCUACAUGAGCGAGCUCGACAUAAACCUCGUGAUUCCACGGUGGUUCGUGGCGAUCGUGAACGCAAAGGUAGGGUCGCCGGCGGCGAGGAGGGAGGUGGUUAUGAAGGCGGCAAAGCUGACGGCUAAGGAUGCGGUGAGGUUGGGAGUUGUGGAAUCAGCUCACGGCAGCGCCGCCGAGACGGUGGAGGCGGCGGUGGAGCUGGCGCAGGGGUUAGUGAAGAGAGGAUGGGAUGGACACGUGUACGCUGCUAAUAGGAAGAACUUUCUAAGUGAUCUGAUACGGUGCGUUGAAGACACAAGUGAAAACAACGACAUAAAAACUGGGUCGCGGCUCUAGAAAUUUGUUAUUAGGCUUUGUUUUGGGCCAAUAAAAUUUUUUUGGGCUUGAAUAGCCCAUUGGUUGUGUAAUAGUUGGGCUUGUUUGUAAACUAUAGCUAUUUGGGUUUACUUGGAAGUCCAUUAUAUUCGGUGUGUAAGCGUAAAUGUUUGUUGUAGAAUAGUGAAUGCUAUUUUAAAUUUAGUUGUUCGAUGACCAUGUUGGAGUUGGUCUAGUGGUUAGUUUAUUAGUCUGUUUAAAUAAGUGUCGAGAGUUUGAAUUUCGUCUUGUGCAUGCAUUAACCCAUUGGUCAGCGAUAAAUCCUUAAAUGGAGCUUCGAUCCGUGAGUCAAGAAAUACCGUGAGCAUAAAAAAAAAUUGUUCGAUUGUGAACUUUAAAGUUUGUUAUUUUCACCUUGCACUCAAUCAUGAGAAUCUGAAUAAAUAUUGAUUUUCACAUUAUCA